AUGGCAGCUCCCCGGCAGAUAAAAGGUAUUCUGAAGAACAAGAACAGCGGGACAGGCAAGGUGGGCCCGGCGGAAGAAGUGCCAGUAGAGACUCCCGAACAAGCGGCACUUGGAUUUCUGGAGGAUGACCCACAGUGAGUAGAUAGAUAGUCAGCUUAGAUUCUUGACACUGACAGUCAGGCUAGGUAGCUAUGGCUAGCUAGCUAUUCCAGCUUGUUAGGAUUGGGCGCUGCCCUGGCUAAAAACUUUAUGGACUUGCUAACGUUAGCUAGCUAGUUAACGUCGUCAGCAAUGUUCCAGCGGGUUGCACAUAAUUAUAAGGCAGCUAGCUAGCUGUCAGACUUGCUUUCCAAUUUCCUCAUCUUGUUCUUUAUAUGGCUGUUCACCUUAGUUACUUAGUUAGCUAGUUUGCCAGUUAAUAUUUACUAGCCAAUUUGCUAGUUAUUUUGCCCAAGAAGAAACGUUAGAUAACUAGCUAACGUUAGCAACAAUCACAAAUGUCUGCUUGUCAGCUGAGAAAAUGCUAAAAGAUAAAAGCUUAUCCGGCUGCUGACCUGUAAACACGUGUAAAUGUGGCUGUGUCAUCAGGCAACUUGUUAAAGGUUGGUGAAUGGGCAGGCUGGCUAGUUAUGGAAAAAAGUACAUCUAGUUAACUAGCUAUACACUGGCCACAGGCAGUUGGCAUUUGGAACAGCCAUUUUUACCAGCAAAAAACAACUUCCCUAUUUAGAAAAGGCGAAUCGAAUGAAUGGGCUGCAGCAGGAGCUAUUUCUAGAGCGCCCGGUUAAACUGCCAAGAGUUUUUAUUUGUAUAUCUAAAUUGUUAAACUAGUGAGAAACAUAGCUAUGUGAUUAUUGAACAAAAUCUCUGUUUGCUUCAUUUACUAUCAUCCUAAAUUAAGAGAUCAUUAUUUUGCUAUAUACAGGGCUGCCAACUUUUGAAGAAAGCUUGGAGUGAGAUUUCCUUUAAUGAAUCUCAAUGCUACACCCCUAGCUGGGGGAUGUGGGGGUUCCACCCCAGAAAGAAAAUCUGUUUUAAACCUAAUUUCCUGCAAUUCUACAUUUUCAUGUCCAGGGUGGGAUAUUAUAUUUUUUAAAUCACAGGUCAGCUGUAUUCAGGAUUAUUUUAAAGUGUAAUAGAUGGGUUAGUUGACAAUGUCACAAACGAUGUGCACACUUCAAUGGGGCAGAAGUCCAUGUGUUGUUGUGAUUCUGGAUGGCCAGAUAGCUAGCAACAAUGACAAGAAGUUGCCAUGUGGGGAAUUGUAGGUAGCUCGGCUCAGAUAGUUUUAUCUUGUUCUUGGUACCAUGUCUUGUUUUGAUGUCAAGUCUAUGCUAAUAUGGCAAAAAUGUGCUAACUAACCAACAACUGUAACUAUGUAUUUGAGACAACAAGUGCUCAUUGUGCAAAUGUAUUUGUUUUCAAUAAACAUUGGAGAUUACAUAUAGUUUACAUGUUGUCAAUAAUCUAAGCCAACCCUGUCUGUUUUGCUCCAUAGUUGUGCACAACGACUUGGUUUGAGGUUACCCAAAAUGUCAUGCCCAAAUAGUAUGCUAACUGGGGGACAUUGAAUUACAUUGGUUUUUGGUUGGAAGAGGGUAAUAUUAAUGGUUGGUGGCAGUGGCUAACCAUAGGAUGGAUUGCAGUCUCUCCAUGUUCAUAAGAAACAAAUAUGUAAUUAAUUUGGGUGAACUAUCCCUAUAAAAUAGGACCUUAGAAAAUCCUGCCUAGAGGUGGUUCUCCAAGAGGUUUGGCUGCCCACCCCUGAUCUAUUUUUCAACUACUGGGGGUUUGAAUAUGUUAAUCUGACAAAUUACCCCACAUUCAAGAAAAAUCGAAUGAAUAUCAAUCUAAAGGUGGUUGAGGCUGAUUUGCCAUCAUCUUACUCUACAUAGACAAGAUAUUUAGCAUUUAUGCCUACCAUUUCUCCCUAGCAGCUUGUGCACAAUACUAAAAUGACAAAACAGGAUAUUUGAGGUAAGAGGCAUUAGUCUAUAUUUUAGCCCAUUGUAGGGGAUGGGAAUUGUUCUAAUGACUAGCCCUAUCAGCUAUUGUGAAAGACCCGAUAAUAACAUCUCCUGAAGACAAGAUGACAGCCUAAAUCUGACCCACCCAACCAAAACUAGAAUCAGUUACACAUUUGGGUUCACAAUAUGUUUGGGCAAAAUGUUCAUAAUAGUUGUCAGGUCACCCUACCAAAAUUCAUGCUGAAAGCAGCCUUUUUGUUGUUACAGCCUAAUGAACCUAGUGCUAAAUUGACAAUGACUAAAUGAGGUGAAUAUAAUGUAGCCUAUGGAUCUGGGCUAAUGCAAGUGGUGGAUUAACUCACUAGUAGUAGGCUAUAGCCUAUUAUCACAUGCUGUUAUAAGAAAUCAGUCUGGGAUAGGAGUGACAGCAAAUUAAUUUGUUGACAAUUCUGUUUAUCAAAACAGCGCUACAAGUUGCCAUUCUGCUCUUUUGACAAAUGAGUUCAUAAACUUUGAUCAGCGCGUAGAACGAAUGUGCCUGUCCAGUGUGCCAUGGCUGCACUCCACUCUAGUCGUGAGGGGCGUUUCUUUACAAACAUGCAUCCAAUCGCCUUUGUCCCGGUCCUUUGCUAAACCAAUCACAAGCUUCAAUUUGCCGUGGUUCACAGUGCGGUGGCAGAAAGAUUAUUGAUUUCCCGGGUGAAGCUGCCGCAGUUACAAUGCUCGUGAUGUAGAAUUGCAGGCGCAUAUGCUCCGAUUUCAAAACAAUUUGGAGGCACAGUUGAAAAGUUAACGCACUGAAAUACACUGGAUUAAUUAGAAAUAAAAGCAGUACUUAAAAAAUAAAGUACCCCCAUUUUCGUGAUAUCCAAUUGGUAUUUACAGUCAGCGUGCAUGCGUCUGCCCACCACAAGGAGUCGCUAGAGCACGAUGGGACAAGGACAUUCCGGCAGGCCAAACCCUCCUCUAACGACGCUGGGCCAAUUGUUCGCCGCCUCAUGGGACUCCCGGUCACGGCCCGCUGUGACACAGCCUGGGAUCGAACUCGGGGUUGUAGUGACGCCUCAAGCACUGCGAUGCAGUGCCUUAGACCGCUGCGCCACUCGGGAGGCUACACAUCCUUUUUACGUCAAAUUGGUGAUGUUAGUAUUAACGUUCCUAGUCAAUAUGAUGACACGAUCAAUUGCUUAAAGGUGCACUAUGCAGAAAUCGCUUCGCCAUUUCCUGGUUGUUAAAUUUCAAAUAGUUAGCCAAAUUUCAGUUUGUGACACAACAAUCAGGUAUUUAGUGUGAAAAAUCAUUGUACCAUCUAAACCGCUGUGAAAAAAUAUUUUCCAUAACAACAAAUAUUGUAUUUUGAGCUGAUUUUGAAGCUGGUGUACAAAACCAAAAGUAAAAGACGCAAAAACAAAACGUAAGAAUGGGAAACAUAGAAAUAGUGCACAUAGAACAGCUCUACCGCUUCUUCGACUUCAAUGCGAAUGACAGACCCAUAACUCACAUUUACAUUUUAGCAGACGCUCUUAUCCAGAGCGACUUACAGUUAGUGAGUGCAUACAUUUUCAUAAAUUUCUAUGUGAAUUUAGUCGGGUUGCCCAAAAAGUUACUUAUUGCAGCUUUAAAACAGAUCAAUAUCUUUGGUUUUGUACUGUUGAUUUUGUCAUACGCGCUGGGGGUCGCAGGACUUAGAACCAGGCUAUGAUUUUCUUUCUCAAAUGGCACGGGCCAAUGGACAUUUAUCAUUGUUACAGUUGUAUAUAUUAUUAUUUGUAUUGUUUAAUUCACUUCCCCCCCUGCUGCACCCCCUAUGGACAAGUGUUGCAUUACACUUACCGCGUUGGCGACCCACUUCAAUCAAUGCAACACUUAAAUGUAGCUGGCUCUCUUCUACAAGUUGUCCUCUAUCAGGUGAUAUACAAAUUAUUGGCAGAUUCCGUGUGUUUUUUGAGCUGUGCUAGUUUUAACAGGAUGUGCAACCUGAUUUCCCCCCUCUCGCUCUAUUGAUUUCAAUGUGAUAUUUCUGUUUUGGUGACCCCUGUAUCAAAAUCCAACACUCCGAAAUGUAUUGGACUGUCUCUGCAGGUUGUCCUCAAAAAAAUAUUUCCUGUUUCCAUGUUUUUUUAGUUGUUAGUUUCAACAGCGCUUACAACCAGAUACACCCCCCCCCCCACACUUGUCAAAACAUGUAUGUGUAGAUUUUUAUGUUUUCAAUAUAUCACAAACUGUUUCUGCAUAUUGGUUAUUGAUUUGGACAUUGGGAUAUUUAUCAAAAUGUCUUGUCAAUGGAAAGCAGCGACAGCAUCAUUUUCAACUUAAAUUUUAGGAAUAUGAAAUGUGAACAUUAAUUUCCAAUGGUAUUGUACUUAUUCAGGUAAAAACUGCUGAAUUAGUCAAAAAACUGAUUGAUUUUUAUUAUAUACCAGAAAUCACUGAAUCGGGUUUUCCCUGCCUAUUUAGAAGUGUCUUGUCUAACUGAUAUGUUCAAAUCCAGAGUCGUUUUCAAAUCCAGCUUUGUUUUAGUCGUUCGUUAAAAUGUCUGAAAUUAUGUUGGCAUCAGGAAGGUUAUGUUAUGUUACCCAUCCCUAUUCUCCAGCACACAAAUGAUGUACAAUUCGUCGGGGCAUGGACUCUAUAGCAUUCCACAGGGAUGCUGGCCCAUGUUAACGCAAAUGCUUCCCACAGUUGCGUCAAGUUGGCUGGAUGUCAUUUGGGUGGUGGACCAUUCUUGAUACACACAGGAAACUGUUGAGUGUGGAAAAACCCAGCGGUGUUGCAGUUCUUGACACAAACCAGUGUGCCUGGCACCUUCUACCAUACCCCAUUCAAAGGCACUUAAAUCUUUUGUCUUGCUCAUUCACCCUCUGAAUGGCACACAUACACAAUCCAUGUCUCAAUUGUCUCAAGGCUUAAAAAUGAUUAUUUAACCUGUCCUCCCCUUCAUUUACACUGAUUGAAGUGGAUUUAAAAAGUGACAUCAAACAGGGAUCAUAGCUUUCACCUGGAUUCACCUGGUCAGUCUGUCUUGGAAAGAGCAUGUUUUGUAUACUCAGUGUAUUUACACAAUAGCCUUGGAGAUUUCAGACUGGUGAAAGGGUGAGAUUAUGCCUGAAGGCAGGCGCCUCUGAUGCAUUGAUCUCAUCCACUGGCACUUUCACAGCAGUGGCAAGACGAGAUGUCUCAGGAUGAAGCCCCUGCAAAGUCACUGCGCUCCAGUUUGAGUGCUGCGUCCAUCUCCUCUCCGUUCAUCUGUCCCAUGCAAAAUGGCUGAUCUAUCGGCUACAAUGUGACAUUAUACUCUGUCGCUAGUCCUUUUGAGCUGUUAAGCCAUAUCAGAUGUCUUGAUUGUAAACGGUGUGCUUUGAGCUCAAUGAUCGUUGAAAAAAAUUAUACCUGCAGAAAUCGGAGACCCUUCUCUCUUUUAAAAUGGACAACUAGUUGCUUCCUAGUAGUUUUUUUCUCCCCGCAAUUGCAUUUUGAAAUGUUCUAGAGUCAUGAGGGGGGAGAGCGACUUUUUAAGGCUCGCUCAUUAUAGCAGCCGGCCCUAGCAAAACAGGUAGGCACAGCGGCAGGGCAGACCCUUUUUAUAACAGGAAUCAUGAGAAUAAUGCACUUUACUGUUUAACAAAUUCAUGGUUUUAUCCGCCCAAAAAAUGACAUUUUGAUUUAGGUGACCAGGUAGAAUGUGCAGCUUGCACAAGUGCAACGGAUAAAAAAAUGUAACUCGCACAGCCAAGUUAAAGGGUCGCAAAAUGGUCACAGUCUGGAACCCUGGUUAUGAUAGAUUUGCAUUAAGACAUUUUUAAAAUGUGAAUGUCUAUUUCAGACUGUAACAUGCAUCACGCAGGGUGGAACAUCAAUAACUGUCGUUUUUGAUCUCUAAAGUAAUAAUGGAAAUGACAAUCUCUUCAAAAUGAUUGAUUUUGUGUUCAGCCAAACCUUUCCUUCGAAAUGGCUAUCCAUGUUUUGACCUAAGACUUAAACUCAGACUUUUACCAAUAUGUUCACUUUCCCCAAAAAGCUUGCCCAUUUCAUGAAACAUCCAUAACACUUAUUUUUUUGCUUUAUUUCUCCAACAUGCCCAUGUUUAGAAGUCCCCAUUUUGGGGUAUACACAUCAAAAGUUUCAUUUCUAUUUUGUAUGUCAAUUUUGUGAGAAAUUAAAGUUGUGAUUUUGCGUGCAAAUGUAAUGCCCAUAAUGCUGGAAUCGCCCAGAUAUAGAUCUGAUAUGUCUCUGACAAUCUAUUGUGUAGUGAAAACAACAUGUUUUUUUUUGUCACCUUCACCAAUUUGCAUAGAUUUCUGACAUGCAUCCAAUGGGAUAUAGGCCUACAUAUUAUGAAACAAUGCUUUAGUCGGGCUACUGUACCGCAGCAAGCCUGACUGAGCAGUAUGGAUAUGUGCCAUAUCCAAUGAUGUGCCAUGUCAGUCUGAGGCACAGCAGGACAGGGCACGUCCCAUUGAUUUAGCCCAGUGCCAUCGACACAGUCAAACUGCCUGCUGUGCGCCUGACUUAUUGAAAACCUGUGUGCAUGUGCGUGUGCGGGAGAGGUGUGUUUGAGUUAGCAGCUAGGGGAGGCUCUACAGGAUUACUGCAGCAGGGAGCAGAUUUAUUGCCCUCUCCCAUGAUGGCCGGCCUCUCCCUCCAUAAACACGCCCGGGAGGCUGCUUUAUGACAGGAGAGGAGAGGGGAGCGCCAGCAGAGACAGUUUAACGGCUGUAUUUGGCACAGUCUCCAAGUCCAGACAGUGAUGAUACAGAGGACGCCAACUUCAGCCAGAAGCCCAGAGAGCCUACAAUUUGUACCUUUGUAAGGUACAUUCGUUAGCAGGUCUGCUAGGUGCACACUCGAGGAAGAAGUUGCCCUUAACCACAGAUCUAGGGUCAGAAUACACUACCCUUAGUUGCUUAGUCCUAACUUUAACCAUUAGGGGGAUUAAAUGACUGACUCUGUAUGUUAGGUCAGUGCCAACCUCUACCUUCUCCUAGGGCCACAGAAUAAGACCCUUUUUAUUUAAUUGCCACGUUGUUUGUUUCCAAAAUAUACAAUGGGAGUGAAAACUGGGGCACAGUGGAGUCCUAGAUUAAAUCUGACCGGUCUCUAGGGUAAUAUCUGUGGUUGGUUUUAAAUGCCACCCUGAGCUCUCCUCUCUGGUCCCAUUCUUUCAGGAAGAAGUCACAGAAAUGGGACGAGAUGAACAUCCUGGCAACGUACCACCCGGCAGACAAGGACUACGGGAUGAUGAAGAUAGAUGAGCCGAGCACGCCCUACAACAGGUGAGUUUCCCCAUUCAUUCUCAUGAACAGGUAAGGACAUAGUUAUCCAGAGAAUGCAAAAAUUGCUUGCCAGUAUUGGGAAAAGAUAGAACUGUGCCGAAAAGUGUUUUGGACUCGUGUUACAGGGUAAAUCCAUUUGAAUUCAAUCACUUUUUGACAGCACCACUUUUGAUUUGAACGAAGCCUUCCAUAAAUAUUUGCCCAUUUGAAGUACUCAGUGACUUUUUGGACCUGAAUGCCAAAACAUUCAAGAGAUAAAGGUUUUCAAAGUUAACCUAUUUUGCAUACCCCACCAUACCAUGAUAAAUCCUUGUCUUCAUCACUGGAAAAGAUAAACAGUUGAGAUUGAUUUAAUUUAAAAGCUUACAAACAGGGUUGUCAACUAUUUUAUAAUGUCUUGAAAAAACUGUUUUUCUAAUAAAUAAAUACUUUUUUUGUUCAUUGUCAAUUUGCAUAGAUCUUUUUUGGUAUUCACAAAUGUUGUAGCUUAGACCUUAUUUUACAGCAUCUGAGGUUUUAGUGUUCUGCCCGCCAUCGGUUGAGACACAACAUGCUCUUGAAUACCGACUGGGAGUAUUGGCUAGCACUGAAAAGUCAGCACAAACUCUGCUCUGAAGAGCGUUAAGCCCAGAGACAACCAGAUUUUUGCCUAAAAUGUCCUCGUACUUUGUAAAGUUCAUGAUGCUGUUGACCUUAACAAGGUAGCUCCAUAACAUCAAAGAUCCACCACCAUAUUUUACAGUAGGUAGGGGUUAUUUUCUGCCUACGCAUCCGUUUUUCGAUGCCAAACCCACCACGUGGCCAAAGAGUUCUGUUUUCAUGUUAUCUGACUCAUCUCCUUGUGGGACAAUGUUUACGGUAGAUUGCCAAUAUGAAAAGGAAACGCAACACUUAAUUUCAAUGAAUAGUCUCUCGACAGGGAGUUCUAAAUAGUGAUAGCUUGACUGUCAUCCGUCUUUUGUUUGUGGCCAGCAACUUUUAUAUAGAGAUCACCUUGAUUUUUCCUUGCCAUGAGUUUGAAAAUGACAACAGCGUUCUAAGUCCUACGACGGAGGGGCGUGUAUGACAAAUUCAACGGUACUGAACUAAAGAUGUUAAUCUGUUUUAAAGUAAUUGAUUUUAGUGUCAUGAUGACUAUAAACUUUUAUAUUAACAUCACCAAUCUGAGGUAAAAAGGAUGUGUAAAAUCACUGUUUUAUGUGGUGAAAAUGUGAGCUUGUGUAAUAUAAAAAAACAAAAAAAUAUAUCUUUUAAUUGUCUCAUACACCAGAUGGGUGCAGUGAAAUGUGUUGUUUUACAGGGUUAGCCAUAGUAGUACGGCACCCCUGGAGCAAAUUAGGGUUAAGUGCCUUGCUCAAGGGCACAUGGACAAGUUUUCACCUUGUCGGCUCGGGUAUUCGAACCUGCAACCUUUCGGUGACUGGCUCAACUGUCCACAUUAGGGAAAUUGGCGCAAUAUAAAAUAAUUUAAUAUGGCAAAAUAAUUAAACAUGUCAAUUUAGGAUGAUAGUAGUCACAAAUUAUUGCAACAAUGGCAUCUAUUUUUCACUACUUUAACCAUUUAGAGAGUUUAAAGGUCCAAUGCAGCCGUUUUUAUCUCAAUAUCAAAAUCAAAUCACAUUUUAUUUGUCACAUGCGCCGAAUACAACAGUGAAAUGCUUACAAGCCCUUAACCAACAAUGCAGUUUUAAGAGCGAAUACCCAAAAAAUAAAAGUAACAAAUAAUUAAAGAGCAGCAGUAAAAUAACAAUAGCGAGGCUAUCUGGGUAACAAUUAAGUAUCUUACUGCGAUUAUUUUCAAUUAAAAUGGUCAAAACGAAACAAAAAUGGGUUCUUAGCAAAGAGCAAUUUCUCAAGCAGGAAUUUUGCUGGGAGGGAAAACUGAAAACUAGCUGUUGUUGGCAGAGAGGUUUGGAAAUCUCUUUCUUAUUGGUCACAUGUCACCAGGGAGGCCAAAAUGGCAUCCCACCAAAAUGGGCUUAAUUGUCAGGCUGUCUUUUCAAACAACUCUUCCACUGAAAGGGCAUUAUCAUAAUUUUCACAAUUGCACAGUAUUAUUCCAACCUCGUAGUGUGGAAAUGUAGAUAAAGUACAGGAAAAUCACGUUUUUGACUGCACUGGGCGUUUAACCCCGGGCUAAGUGCAGUGUGAACAUGACUAGUGUGAGGUUGAAAAGGUUGAUAAUUUUUUUACAUAAUAUGUUCACCUUAGAUUAGAGGCCUCAGUUCCCAUGAAGCAGUCUUGCAGUGCAGGUUCAGUGGAUUAGUUUCUGCCCUGUCUGGGGGGGGGGGCGCUGCAUAGAAGGCCGCUGCAUAGAAGGUCACCCCUGUGACACUGUUCUUCUCUCCCUCCGCCUCGGUCACUUUACCUCGUUCUCUUUUUCUCUCUCCCUCUUCCUCAGGAUGGUGGGGGACGAGGAGGACGAAGGGGCGCACAGCGACUCCGAGGGCAAUGCGCCCAACGUGAACGACCUGGCCUCGAAGUAAGUCAACAUCACUGACUGGAUAGGUCUGGGAGAGAGGAGGAGGAUCAAAAUGAUUGUUCCUCAAAGGUUUGGAAGGUUAUGACACUUAUCGAGGCUGUAGGACAGGGGUGGGCAAUAAUUUCGGCUCGAGGGCCACUUCAGGAUUUCAAACUUCAGCGGAGGGCCGAGAGAAUUUCUGGCCGAUUUGUUUGUCAAAAGCAAUUUGCAGGCCAGAGAAAGGGCAGUUAUUUUAAAACAUAUAAUUGUUAUUUAAUACAAUUUCUACAUACUUUCUAUCUAGUUUUUUACUCAAACCUCCCCUUGCCAGAUUGAAUGCAUAUGUUUCCCACCCCUGCUAUAGGAGGAGGGUAGUGAUCUGGGUCUUAUGAGACUGAAGGUGGGGACUCACUAUGGUUUAUGGCUUGGAUAUACUGUAUAACAGAAUGUACUCUUUGCAUAUUAUCUGGAUUUUAACUAUUUGAGGUCAAGGGCAUUUGAUGUCCCGCCGUUAACAUGGAGUAUAUGCCUAGAUGGAAUUUCACUCUUGGGGAAAUUGACUGAUCAGCUAAAUAUUUUUUGAGCCCUCCGUAGACCCUCUCACCAGUUGAGUUUACAAUAGAGGUGAAACUGCCGGAGGGGAAUUCUAAGUCAUUUUGAACUCUGCCAUCAAAGACCCUUAAUCAAUCAGCUCAAGUAAUUUCUACCAGUAUUGAGUGAUAUACUCAAUUACAUGCCAAGAAAAGCCGCUCCCCAAACACAAACACAGCCCCGGUGAUAGUGUUUAUUUACGGUAAAUGAUACCAUGUUUAUUUACUAGGGCUGUCAAACGAUUUAAAAUUAUUCUUUGCGUUAAUGCUAUUAAUUGCAAUUCUCAAAUAUGGCCCUAAAUAAUUUUCCAUUUAAAAAGCAGUCUAUUGCGUUAUAGGCAUACUAUUUUCACCAUAAACAACACAAAAGUCACUGUAACAUAAAGCUAUUAAUGCUCCCAAUGUUUAAGUAGGCCUACUCCCUCUUAUCAAUGUUCUUGAAGUUUAACACUUGCGUACACACACAUACACACUGAAGUACUGUUAAAGCUUCCGGCAUUCUAAAUAAGUGUUCUCACGAUUUCCGAUUGACUAUAGGAAAAAAGAACUGGCUCUAUGAAUACAAAGAGCUUUUAAACCUGUCCAACAAUGUUAUGAAUUCCACAGAAGACAGAUCAGCCAGGUCUGAAUUUGUGUAAAAUAUAAUAAUAAAUAUAAUUAGAUCUAGCGUAGGCUACUUAUCCAUGUUCUUCAACAUGAUCUAGUCACAAGCUGCUACUACUAGAAUGUUGAUCAUUUGCUUAAAUCUUUUGACCUGAGAAACAAAAACAGUAGCUAAAUGGAAAGGAUGACCUGUUCUGAUUUUAAAUCAUUGUGGGAAGUUAGUUGAAUCAAGAGGCAUUCAGCCAUGGCAUUGUAAACAUUAUUUUGGUUAGCUAGCUAGCUAACAUUAGCAUAACUAGCUAGCUACUUCUGUACAAAUUUAUGUUUUUGCUGUUAUCAAAAAGAAUACCUGGGAAUAUGUUUAUGGUUGAACUUUCUGUACGUUUUCCUUCAAAAUUGUUGCUCAAAGCUGCGCGCAUAGCGCAGCUUUGAGCAACGCUACCAAGACAGAGUGCACACUGACUGCACAUGGCACAGAGUGUGUUGUGCGCUUAAAAGGGUUAGUGCGGUGAAGAAAUAGAGAUGCGAUUAACGGCAACAAAUAAAUUAAUGGCAUUAAAAAUGUCAGUACUGGCAUAGUAGGAGAUGGCAAACCACCUUAGCACAUUAGCACACAGUCAUUUAUGCCCAGUGAAAACGGCUCAGAUCGAUGCAUCCCAUCAACUCUAAACCCGGGGGAAUGAGGAAAAUGUAACGAGAAAAUGCCAAGAGUGUGCAAAGCUGACAUCAAGGCAAAGGGUGGCUAUUUGAAGAAUCUCAAAUAUAAAAUAUAUUUUGAUUUGUUCAACACUUUUUGGGUUAAUACAUGAUUCCAUAUGUGUUAUUUCAUAGUUUUGAAGUCUUCACUAUUAUUCUACAAUGUAGAAAAUAGUAAAAAUAAAGAAAAACCCUUGAAUGAGUAGGUGUGUCCAAACAUUUGACUGGUACUGUAGCGCUGAGCGAUUUAAGGCUUUUUGAGGUAGGUCGGUUUGGGUUUGAUUAUUAAAAAAUAAUCUGGUUGGUUUAGAUUUUUAUUUUUAUUUUUACAUUAAAUUCAUUAUGAAAUAAUGUAAAAAUAUUUUUUAGCUUAAGAAAUGGAAAUUCCUAAGCCUAAAAGAGUGAACAUUAAUUGUCAAAAGAUUUCAAAUAUUCUAUUGUGUCUGUCAGGUCCACAUUGGGUAGACAUCAAUAAAAAAAUAAGAAAUUACUAUGAAAUAGGCUUGGGCUGUAUACUGUGGUAUUUGUAAAUAUCCAUGGGAUGGUUUUUCAAUAAUGUCAAUACCUUUAAAACUAUUUAUUUGAAGUUUUUCAAUAAAUGUUAAUAUUUGUAGCUACUUUUUAAGUAAAUACCUGCAGUCAACUUGUGCAAUACGUUAGGAGAUAAAGCAGAUCGCGUUCUUCAGUUCACCUGUCACAUAAUUUUACAUUAUGAAGAUUACCGUAGUUCCCCAGAACAGUUGAGCCAGUCAGGUGUUUGUAAAUAGCACAAUGGGAGAAAUUGGGAGCAGGCGAGUCCAGCUGUGCAUUGACAGGGGUCGCGUUUUAUAUUGAAGGUCAAGUAGUUUUUUUCUUCAAUAGUGAUGAGGGAUGUGCAACUAUAGUUUUUCCUUCACAGGCAGAUAAUAGCUUCAUUUUCAUCAGAUGACCACAGAAGUGCAAUGCUAUCUGGCUGGUAGCCACACAAGUAAAUGAGCGUACAAUGAAAAAGCAAAAAUGAUGCAUGGCCAUCAUAUUUCUGUUUAUCAUAGAAGGAAUGUAGCCAGCUACAUUUCCUAAUGUUUUGCUUAAAGUUAAUCUUGCAUUUUACAGAGAAAAGUAGGCUGGCUACACUGAGAAGUGAGAAAAGUAGUACACGUCAGUCAGAGCGCUGUCUGCUGAUAUAAUGCCCUUUCCUGAAUUCUCAUUUGAGUGGAGAAGUGCGACUGAAGUUACUGAAUUAUGGUGACGUGGGCAUCAUAUUAUGUACGUUUUGGAUGAGUUAUUUGUACAGCUGCCACUGCUAUCUUUUGAUUUCCUUGCGUUUUUUCUCCUCUCCAUUUUCUGCCUUUCUGCUCCUCCCCCAUCUUCUUCGAGCAGAGCAGGCAUUACUUCGUUUUUAUUUGAUUACUUUAUUAUUUUAAAUCCUUAAAGUAAUCUAAUCUCUGCUCAGGCAGUAGCAGCCAGCCAGCCAGCCAGCCAGACCAUCUAUUUGGUAUUUUAUUAGGAUCCCCAUUAGCUGUUGCAAAAGCAGCAGCUACUCUUCCUGGGGUCCACAUGAAACAUGACAUAAUGCAGAACAUUUAAUAAACAAAAACAGCUCAAGGACAGAACUAUUGGAGAAGGAGGUAGGGACAGGAUUGAAAAAAAUAGAGAGAAACAUAAAAUGAGUGUGUUCAUGUGUGAGAGGGAGGGGGAGGGACAAAGAAAACGAGGGAGAGUGAGAGACCAGGCAUAGCUAGUUAUCCUUUUUUGACGCAGUAUUCCUUGCAUGACACAACAAAUGAAAGUUAAUUGGCUUCAUCACAAUCGACACGCCGAAAUAAAUUAAUGUGCAACUAGAACAGUCUCUAUUCCAGCCACGACUCCCACAGCUGUCAAACCUAACGCACCACCAUCAUCCGAACAAGACACAGGAAAUCAUGGCUACUGUACAAGGAAAUAAAGCACUCAGAAGCUUGUUACAUUAGUGGCCGUCUGGUCGGCCAUCGCUCAAUCAUUUUGGGUCUGGUCUAGUCUUGAAAGAAAUGUCAGUUUAUGCUCUGGGCCUGUAUCUGCGUUGCUACUGUCUGCAUCGGCUGCCAUUGUUUACUUCCACGCAGUGGAAGUGCGCUCCAUUGUUCCACCUCGUCCUAUUCCUGCCUCAGAGAUAUUAAAAUGGCUACUGCCUGGUCUCUCGCUCUCCCUCGUUUUCUUUGUCCAUCCCCCUCCCUCUCACACACAAACACACUCAUUUUAUGUUUCUCUCUACUUUUCUCAAUCCUGUCCCUACCUCCUCCAAUCUCUUGCUUUUACUUAUUCUCUCCUCUCUAAAUCUAUUCUCCCUCUCUUAUUCUCACUCUAUUCCCACCCCCAGCUCUCUGCUUCCCCAAGAAAACAAUAUUUUCUCCAGGGCCAAUUGUAUUUUCUGCUCUUGCACCUUAGUGGCCAUUCAGAAUGUGGACCAGAAAAAGUUUCUGACAAUGACAACUGCUAUACUCAUCUUCUCCCACCAUAGGUAUAGAGUACAUAGUCCUACUAUUAUAUUGUCUAUGACUCAAGCUCUCUGGCCUUCACACACAAGAAUGUUAAGAAAGGACAACAUUGAUUCAUUAGAUGUGUUUCUCACAGGCAAGUCAGAUUCUUGUCGUGCCAUGUCCCAAACUUGACCCUGACUGUAGGAGGAGGAAAGGAUUAAUGGCUUUCUCUCAAGGAGUGAAAGGUUGCGCAACUGGGAAAGAUUUGCCUGAUUCACUGACUGAACACAAGCAGUGUGAAUCUGACCUGGCCAAGAGUGUGCCGGUACUGUGCUGUCACGUCAGUUCACGCGUGCUGAUGAUGGCCACAUCUGCUUCCCCUGCACACAUUUAAUUUCUGUCUCUUUGUUUUUGUCUCCCCCCUUCUCUUUCUCACACUUCUCCUCUCUCUUCCUCUGAAUCACUCACUUUCUAUUGCUCCUUCGCUCGCUCACUUUCUCUCUCCCCCCAGGUUGGCAGCGGCAGAGGGAAAGGAACCGCGCUUCAUGAGAGAAGAGGAGGAAAGCAGUGAGGAAGAGGAGGAUGAACUAACCCCAGAGGAUCAAGGUGGGCCGUGUGUCUCUCUUCCCCCUCUUCGUCGUCCUCCUCUCAUCCCCACCUUGUCUCUAUUGCCAUUGGGCGUCCGGCCCUGACCUUUCCCUGACCUCUCCCUGUGUUGUCGUGUCAAGCCCUGUGUGCUCUGAUAACGGAUUCUCUCAGCUCAGUGGCCACAAGCGCGGCCAAUGGUCCAAACAAAGCACACUCCUGGGGACUGUUCCAGUUUACUCUGGUCCAUUUUGCUCCAGACCCACACGUGUCUCUCCGCCCUUUUUAUCUCUGCAGUACAGGGAAACGCAAGUCCCCAAAAUAUCAAUUCUCCCCAAAUACUGAAAUGUGUGUGUGGUACAUUGAUGUUGAUGUCAUCACCAUGUAGGUUUUAAUGCCUUACUAGGUGUGUCCAGACACACUUCAUAGAACCAUGAUAGAAUGUUCAAUAUCAUAGAACAUUGCAAAUAUGGUGCUUUUUUUGCACCUGUAAUAGCAACCUUGUAUACACUACAUGUGGACACCUGCUCGUCGAACAUCUCAUUCCAAAAUCAUGGGCAUUAAUAUGGAGUUGGUCCCCUCUUUGCUGCUAUAACAGCCUCCACUCUUCUUGGAAGGCUUUCCACUAGAUGUUGGAACAUUGCUGCGGGCACUUGCUUCCAUUCAGCCUCGAGCAUUAAUGAGGUCGGGCACUGAUGUUGGGUGAUUAGGCCUGGCUUGCAGUCGACGUUCAAAUUAAUCUGAAAGGUGUUCAAUGGAGUUGAGGUCAGGGCUCUGUGUAGGCCAGUCAAGUUCUUCCACACUGAUCUCAACAAACCAUUUCUGUAUGGACCUCGCUUUGUUUCCCAAACUGUUGCCACAAAGUUGGAAGCACAGAAUCGUCUAGAAUGUCAUUGUAUGCUGUAGUGUUAAGAUUUCCCUUCACUGGAACUAAGGGGCCUAGCCCGAACCAUGAAAAACCGCCCCAGACCAUUACAGUGCCUUGCAAAAGUAUUCAUCCCCCUUGGCGUUUUUCCUAUUUUGUUGCAUUACAACCUUUGAUUUUUAUUUGGAUUUCAUGUAAUGGACAUACACAAAAUAGUCCAAAUUGGUGAAGUAAAAUGAAAAAAUAACAGAAAAGUGGUGCGUGCAUAUGUAUUCACCCCUUUGCUAUGAAGCCCCUAAAUAAGAUCUGGUGCAACCAAUUACCUUCAGAAGUCACAUAAUUAGUUAGAUUGCACACCGGUGGACUUUAUUUAAGUGUCACAUGAUCUCAGUGUAUAUAUACACCUGUUCUGAAAGGCCCCAGAGUCUGCAACACCACUAAGCAAGGGGCACCACCAAGCAAGCGGCACCAUGAAGACCAAGGAGCUCUCCAAACAGGUCAGGGACAAAGUUGUGGAGUAGUACAGAUCAGGGUUGGGUUAUAAAAAAAAUAUCAAACUUUGAACAUCCCACGGAGCACCAUUAAAUCCAUUAUUAAAAAAUGGAAAGAAUAUGGCACCACAACAAACAUGCCAAGAGAGGGCCGCCCACCAAAACUCACGGACCAGGCAAUGAGGGCAUUAAUCAGAGAGGCAACAAAGAAACCAAAGAGAACCUGAAGGCGCUGCAAAGCUCCACAGCGGAGAUUGGAGUAUCUGUCCAUAGGACCACUUUAAGCCGUACACUCCACAGUGCUGGGCUUUAUGGAAGAGUGGCCAGAAAAAAGCCAUUGCUUAAAGAAAAAAAUAAGCAAACACGUUUGGUGUUCGCCAAAAGCCAUGUGGGAGACUCCCCAAACAUAUGGAAGAAGGUACUCUGGUCAGAUGAGACUAAAAUUGAGCUUUUUGGCCAUAAAGGAAAAUGCUAUAUCUGGAGCAAACCCAACACCUCUCAUCACCUGAGAACACCAUCCCCACAGUGAAGCAUGGUGGUGGCAGCAUCAUGCUGUGGGGAUGUUUUUCAUUGGCAGGGACUGGGAAACUGGUCAGAAUUGAAGGAAUGAUGAAUGGCGCUAAAUACAGGGAAAUUCUUCAGGGAAACCUGUUUGUCUUCCAGCGAUUUGAGACUUGGACAGAGGUUCACCUUCCAGCAGGACAAUGACCCUAAGCAUACUGCUAAAGCAACACGCGAGUGGUUUAAGGGGAAACAUUUAAAUGUCUUGGAAUGGCCUAGUCAAAGCCCAGACCUCAAUCCAAUAAAGAUUGCUGUACACCAGCGAAACCCAUCCAACUUGAAGGAGCUGGAGCAGUUUUGCCUUGAAGAAUGGGCAAAAAUCCCAGUGGCUAGAUGUGCCAGGCUUAUAGAGACAUACCCCAAGAGACUUGCAGCUGUAAUUGCUGCAAAAGGUGGCACAACAAAAUUGGAAAAAUGCCAAGGGGGGUGAAUACUUUCGCAAGCCACUGUAUUCCUCCUCCACCAAACUUUACAGUUGGCACGAUGCAUUGGGGCAGGUAGUGUUCUCCUGGCAUCCGCCAAACCCAGAUUCAUCCAUCGGACUGCCAGAUGGUGAAGAGUGAUUAAUCACUGCAGAGAACGCGUUUCCACUGCUCCAGAGUCCAAUGGCGGCGAGCUUAACACCACUCCAGCCGACGCCUGGCAUUACGCAUGGUGAUCUUAGGUUUGUGUGCGGCUGCUUGGCCAUGGAAACCCAUUUCAUGAAGCUCCCGAAGUACUGUUCUUGUGCUGACGUUGCUUCCAGAGGCAGUUUGGAACUCAGUAGUGGGUGUUGCAACAGAGGAAAGACAAUUUUUACGUGCUUCAGCACUUGGCGGUCCCGUUCUGUGAGCUUGUGUGGCCUACCACUUCACGGCUGAGCCGUUGUUGCUCCUAGACGUUUCCACUUCACAAUAACAGCACUUACAGUUGACCGGGGCAGCUCUAGCAGGGCAGAAAUUUGACGAAGUGACUUGUUGUAAUGGUGGCAUCAUAUGACGGUGCCACUUUGAAAGUCACUGAGCUCUUCAGUAAGGCCAUUCUACUGCCAAUGUGCAUCUAUGGAGGUUGCAUGGCUUUGUGCCCGAUUUUAUACACCUGUCAGCAAUGAGUGUGGCUGAAAUAGCCGAAUCCACUAAUUUGAAGGGGUGUCCACAUACUUUUGUAUAUAUAGUGUAUGAGACAUGGUAAAAAGCACUCAUACAUAUUAGAUGGGCCAUCAACUGAAAUAUGAAAUGUAUUUUAAUAUUAGAUUAUUUUUAGAUUUUCUAAAGUAUGAGUGACCUGGAUUUGAAGUAGUUAUUCCCCCCAGUGUGAAUCUCCCAUUAUAGUGGUGCCCUUGCAGGCUAGCACGCAGGACGGACACUUUGCUCCAAUCCUUUUUCCAGCUGACCAACUCUCAGUAAAUAUGCACAACCCCCUAUUUUAUUUAUGCUGCAAGCACCUGAAUGGAGUUCAUUUUGAAUUCUACCUGAAUGGUGUUGCUUUAGUAUUGACCAGACAUCAUUUUAGUUUAAAAUGAGUUGGAUAAAAUGUGUGCUUAGAAGAAACAGCAAUGGAAUUGAUUGGAGUGACAUUGAUGUCUAGUAGUAACUAUUUACAAAAAAUAAGCCUCGCCUGCCUCUUACAGCACCUUGUGCGGCUGCAGUUGCAAGUCAGCUUUGAAAAUGUCUCUGUGUGUAGUAGUAGUAGUUUGAUGCUAUAAUUGGAAAGCAGUUAUAUUUUUUUAACAGUUUUUCGUAUCAGAACCAUGUCCUUGAAAGUAGAUUUAGAUUCUACUGGAACUGUUCAGCCAGGAUCCUCAUAAAAAUUGUUUGAUGUAUUCGUCCUUGAAGCGCCAUUUGAGGACGAGCGUGUUAAGACUCCCCCUUCUCUUUAAACUGAAACACCCCUUUUAGCUUUUGAACGCUCCAUCUGAGCCUCCCCUAACAUAGCUCUCUAUCGCUGUGUUUCCUCCACAUAGACAGUGUAAAUCAUGUUUACGCGUCUGAGUUGUGCCUCUCCUAGCCUCCCUCUGCACCACAUACCCUCAGUCUUUCUCCAUCUUUCUCUCUCACUCACUCUCUCUCCCCCUCAGCGAAAAAGAAGCAGUUCCAAAGGAUGAGGAAGAUCCAUUACAACGAGGGCCUCAACAUCAUGAUGGCCAGGCAACUCAUAGCCAACGAGUUGGCGGAAGAUGAGGAUGAAGAGAUGAGGGAUGAAACUGAGGACAUCAACGUAGACCCUCCGCAAGACGGUAAGAGAAAUAGGGGUACUCAAAUCUUCUUAAUCCAGGGAAUUUCAUAUGGUGACUAA